AUGUUUCUUUUAGAUGUGAUUGGAAGGAUAGUUGAGAUUUACUCUCCAAUAGAAAGGAUUGUGGGUGGAAGGCCUUCUCGGUUGAUUGACUUUCUCAUUGAGGAUGAAAGUGGGGAUGAAAUGAAAUGCACAGUAUGGGAUGAUCAUGUGGAUAAGGUUGACUCUUGCUCCUAUGAUGCCACACAAUUAUUUAUCAAUGAAGACAUCCCUGAAAUUCUGGAGUUUAGGGAUAGAAUAUGUGGUGAGAAGACUCCUAUGCGUAGUAUUUGUUUUAUUUCAAGUAUGUCUUCUGCCACCAAUACUUUUGACACAUUCAACAUUGGUUCUAUGAUAAUGACUACCAUUGCUGAGGUUUAUGACAAGAAACAGUACAACGACUAUUGGGUGGUGGCUAAGAUCGUUGGUAUAGAAAAUGGUUUGGACUGGUAUUAUAACUCAUGUAAGACAUCUGGUUGUAGCAAAAAACUUACCCUAAAUACUAAUGGGUGCUACGAUUGUUACAAGUGUAAUAAGACAUGGGGAGAAGGAAUGUUGAGAUAUAGGCUUAAGGUCAGAGUUGUUGAUAGGAAUGGAAAUGCACCAUUCCUUUUGUGGGACCGGGAGUGCAAAGAGUUGAUUGGCAUGUCUGCUGUUGAACUGAGAGACAAAUAUCCACAGGAUAACCAACUUCUACCUAAUGAGAUUUUAUCCUUGCGUUCUAUGACACUAAUCUGGAAGAUUGCCGUGAGGAAAGAACAGUUUGAUAACCUUCAUAAUGCAUUCGCUGUUAUGAAGGCUAUUAACGAUACUAAAUUGGUUGAUUCCUACUGCCCUGAAUUACUGGAAAGCUUUGAUAAUGAUCCAACUUCUAAGCUUCAGUCCAAUGAUUGUUUUGAAUUGGAUGAGGAGUUUAUUUCUGAAGGUGAAGCUGAAAGUCCCCUAGCCAUAACUGGAAAUGCCACGGAUGUUGAGGAUCUAGACUCUGGUGCUGUUAAGAGGUGUCUUUUAGAUGAAUUUUCCUCAAGCAAGACCUCUACAAAGAAAAUGCUCCUACAAGUCAAAUUGGAGAAGACCACUGAGGAUGUAGUUUAA